AUGUCAGAGAAGCCACAACCAAAGAUCAAAAAUGAACCAAAUGAUAUAGAUCAUAAUACACAAAUCUCAAGAGUAAAUACAAGCACAAAUAGAAGAGAUUCAAAUCUAUCUACUACUCCAACUAAUUCUCAUGAAAAUACUAAAGAAGAUCAACUACAAACAUUAUUAGAUGAUCCAUCUCGAUUCCCACUGGGAUGGAACACAAAGGGAAUAUUAACUGUGUUAGGAUCAUUUAUUGGACUUAUAGGCUCGUUAGGAUUUGUUAAUUCAGGUGGUGUUAUAGCGACUUAUUUAUCUCAAAAUAUUUUACUUCAUGAAAGUCAAAGUAAUAUAAAUUGGAUUUUUUCAAUAUAUAAUUUUUUUGCAUUUGGAGGAUCUAUUUUAUCCGGACCUAUAUUUGAUUCAAUUGGAUGUAAAAUUCCUAUAUUUGUAGGUUCAAUAAUUAUGUUUUUAGGAUUAAUAGCUACUAGUUUUUGUCAUCUGUUAUAUCAAUUUAUUUUAGCUUAUGGAAUAUUGACUGGAAUUGGUGCAUCAUUAAGUUUUGCACCAUUUGUUGCUGCUACAGGACAUCAUUAUUUGAUCAAAAGGUCAAUUGCGAUUGGAUUAGGUUAUACUGGUGGUGGAUUAGGUGGUGUCAUUUUUCCAUUAAUAUUUAGAAAAUUAUUUCCUGCCAUAGGAUUUGGAUGGACGAUUAGAAUUGGUGCAUUUAUAUGUUUGUUUUUAUUGAUUGUUGGAUGGUUAUUAGUAAGUGAUAGACAUGAAGAGUUUCAUCAACCUCAAGAUGAAAAUAUUUUUAAACAAAUUAUACAUUCAAUUGAUUUUAAAAUUUUAUUAAAAAAUAUAAUUUUUUUGGUUGUUGUUUCUGGGUUAUUGUUUAACGGGCUAGCAUUUUUGAUCACAAUUGUUGAAUUACCUACUUAUGCAACUAUUAGAGGUUUUGGUGAAAGUAAAUCAUCAUUGCUAAUUGUUGUAUUUAACGCUUUUAGUAUACCAGGUAGAGUGAUUCCGAGUUAUUUUGCAGAUCAUGGAUUAGGUAGGUUUAAUACAUUUUGUCUCAUUAAUGUAUUCUCGUUGGUUGUAUUUUGUAUUAUUUGGGUUCCAUUCGGACAUCAUUUAGAAGCUUUAUUUGUAUUUGCUGGUUGUUUUGGGUUUUCAAGUGGGUCGGUACUAAGUUUAUCAGCUAGUUUAGUCACUUCAAUUGUUCAAACAAAGGAUGCAGGUAAAAGUUUAGGAACAGCUUUUUUCAUCUUAUCAAUUGCUGAUUUAUUCGGAUUACCUAUUGCUGGAGCUAUUACAAAUAAAACCCCUAAAAGUUUUGACCAUUUAGUUUAUUUCUUAACUGCUUGUGCAUUUGUUGGAGCUUGUGUUAGUUUCAUACUGAGGUAUCUUUACGCAGGAUUUAAUUUAAAGAGAGUUUAA